GCGGGCGCGAGGAUCAAAAUAUCUUUAGAAGAGCUAUAAAAUAUUGAGUUCGUUAGGAAGUUGUGACGGUUUGCCUGAAUUACUUACCGGUAUAUAUUAUAAUUUAUGCGUUAAUCUGGACUUUAAGGGAGCUUAAUAACACAAAGAAGAUGAGAGUUAUCGAAGGUGUUCGAUCUGCAGGCAUAUUCCCAUUUGAGUCAACACCAGUGAUGCGUUCAAGAAAAUCCGAGAAGCAUAAUAAUGACAAUGCAAAGCCUUCAGUGAAAAUCUGGAGUCUCCCUGAGGAACUUCAUCUUAGAUUACUAGAAGGACUUCCUCUUAUAGAUCUUAUCACAAUGAGAGCUGUGCAUCCAGUAUUUAAGGAUCUGAUUGAUUCCAACCCGAAGCUCUGGUCCAUUGCUAAUGUGAAUGGUCAUUGGCCAUCCAUGGGAAACAUCAGGCACUUUGAAAGAGCUGCAAACCGGGGCAAUGUUGAAGCCCUAAUUAAACUAGGAAUUGCCUACCUGUAUGAUACGUGGGAUAACUUGGGAGAAGCGACAACGUGUCGUAGUCUGGACCAGAAGUGGCAUUUCCACGAGACGGGAAUCAGGGCGGCCGAAGCAUUUAGACUCGCAGAGUCACUCACACCACAUACGGCACCGUUCACUGCAUUGUUUCUGCGUCCACCGUGGUCAGCCAAUGGAAACUACACAAAGACUCUGGCCUUCAAGCAUUUAAAGAAGAUGGCCGACUUGAAUCAGGAAAAUUCAGGAAAGAUAUUAACAUGUGUGGCAACAAUCCUCGGGAUGAUGGAAGAGACAAGCAGCCAAGAGGAAGCUCUGACGUACGAGGAGAGAGCGGCCCGACUGUCAUCUCCAUGGUCUGCCUUCAAGCUGUGGCAGAAGAAGUAUUGCACAAACCCUCAAGAUCGGGGUACGGAAUUGGAAGGAAUCAGGAGACUGAGAGACCUUGGACCAGGUGCCUGUGUGGAUGCACGUUUGGCACUCUGCCAUGCGUACAUGAAGAAGCAGUACGGAGGGAUUCCUGAGGAGCAAGCUAUCGGCUACGUGCACGGUUUUGUGCAAGAAUCACAUCCAACGUGGGCUGGCAUGGCAUUAAGAAGCAAUCCUCAGCUGACGAACAUAAUGCGGUACAUCCUGAUCGACUGGCUGGUGGAGGUGAUAAGGAUGAAGGUUUUCAGUCAGCGUGUGCUGCAUCUCACUGUGCGUCUCGUUGACCUGUUCCUGCAUCGCAGCACUUGCUCACGCUCCAACCUGCAGCUGGUCGGCAUCUCUGCCCUCGUGCUCGUCUCCAGGUUUCAGAGCAAGGAGAUUCUCACCGUAAGAGAAGCAGCAUGGCUUACCGACAACACCUACAAGUAUGAGGAUGUCGUACACAUGAUGGGUGAAAUCGCGGCGACCGUUCACGGAGCGAUAUACGGUGCGACGACGCUCGACUUUCUGGAAUUGUUUCACUCUUUCGCCACGUUGGAAGCAAAGACGAUCCAUUUAUCACGUUACAUCUGUGACCUAACGUUACUGGAGUCAGACGUUGGCAGAUACUCCCACGCAUACCUGGCUGCCAGCUCAGUUCUACUGUCAUUGGUGAUGUUGAACGGCAAUGUGACAACCUGGCUUUCACAGAUGACACUGCAUACAGGUCUCUCGACACGUGACAUCUCGUUGUGCGCACUGCAUGUGCACAAGAAGUGCCUAAUGGGACGGCCCGUCAUUGACUACCGUGAUGUGACCCUGCGUAGUGUGCAGGAGAAAUACUCAGACCCUGAGCACUUGUCUGUCAGCUGCCUGCAGCCCACAACAUCGGAUGAACUGUGCCAAGUGCUAGGUCUGGAUUACACCUUGUACUUUAUCAUUGGCUGCGGGAGACCGAACAAGCGACGAAGCAGCAACGGCGACGGUAUCGCGAUGAUUACCUCACCCCGCGGAAAAACAUGCACAAGCCGACUGGGAGGCUGAAUGCUUUAACUGGUGCAGACGGACUCUG